AUGGGCUCCAAACAAAACGAUGAAUUAUUUCCAGAUGAAAAUAAUAAAUUGGUUGUAAAUUAUAAUAGCGCCCCUAACAACUCCGACAGUAGCGUAGUUACAAAUAGUACUGGUAACAGCGCCAUUACAUAUACUUCCAGUGACGCUAUACCAAUACGCAAAAAAAAUGAAUAUGCAAGAUCCAUAAAUUCCUUUUCAUCCAUUUUAUCCGAUCAAACUUCACCCAACUUAUAUUGGGCACCGUCAUCAUUUAGUUCGAUGACUUCUUUUGAUCACCUUUUUUCAAACUCCAAGAGGGCUUCUACUUCGGGUUUAAGCCUCUUCGGGAUGAAUAGCGUCCCUAAUUUGGAUCCGGUGACUCAGGAGACGUUAUUAAAGGAGAAGGUUAAGAAAGCAAGUGCAGACAUGGAAUUAUUUAUGCGUCAAUUGUAUAAUGAUUCCUCACUGGGGAUGUAUCACAUGAGCGAACAUAUUCGGAAAAGGGUGCCACUUAUAGUCGAAGAAAAGAGAGGAUUAAUAGCCCUAUCAAAAGAAUUGGACGUUGAGAUAUCCGAUAUAAAAGAUUCCCAUGAAAUUGUAGAGUCGAUUCCUAAGAUUCAGGCAUUUAAUAAUAUCAGCGAGAUGCUAAAAAAUACCAUUGGAAUAUUGGAGGAAGUCAAGGGUAAGGAUAAAAGGUGGAGAUUUUGGGAGGAUUUCAGUGUCUGA